AUGGAAGAAAGAGGAAAAAUUGAUAAUUAUAAAAGAUUUAAAACGUUACCAAUUCUGGGUGAAAAGAAUUACGACGAGGUUUGUGAAGAAAUAAAAGCAGGUAGAUUGUCGAAGGAUGUCGUACUGAAAAUUGGAGUGCAAUAUAGAUAUCUUUUUAGCCAACAUCACUUCAAUUCGGUAGACAUACGUGAUUACCUAUUUCCACGUACAGUUGCAAUGUCAAUAAUUCAUGUUUCAAUAGCCCUGAAUGAUCAAGCAAUGAUAGAUCAUUUGUUAGCUUUGAAUUGCAAUCUCCAGGCGACCACAGGAUAUGGGCAUACAGUGUUGCAAUUUGCUGUCAUGUGUAACAAGUUGACAACUGUCCGGAAAUUAUUAGCUACUGGUAUUGAUAUCAAUAAUCUAGGAGAAGAUCUCCAAUUGCUAUUAGUAACAGCCGUAGAAUCUAAUAAUUUGAAAAUGGUGGAAUUGUUAAUCAGUUGCGGAGCUCAAGUCAAUGUCCGUAAAGUUUGUCACAUUACUGAGUCACCUUUCGGUUGUGCUGUCGCUGAUUCUAAUGUAAAAAUGAUGGAGCUCCUAAUUAGUCAUGGUGCUGAUGUCAACUUCAAGAUGUCUGGUAUUACCUUAUUCCUGACAGGCACACCUUUGAUAGCUGCUUGUAUUUUCGGAGAUACAAUAGAUUCAGUAGAGUUAUUGUUGAAUCAUCCACACAUUGACAUCCAGGCUGUUGACGACUUUAAUGAGAGUUGUGUAUUUGUUGCUGCUAGAAACAACCAAUUGAAAAACUUGCAGUUGAUUUUAAACACCAAUAUUGAUAUAAAUAUUAAAAAUAUUCAUAAAAAACUACCGUUAGAUGUUGCAUCGAAUGAAGGUAAUUAUUUAAUAAAACGUCAUAUUGUCAAAUUGAUUGUUGCUGGAUUUUAUGUUUGUGAAGAAAACAGAGAAGCUGUUAGACUCGAACAAUUUGACAUUUUGCGAGCUAAAUGUUCUGAAGAAAUCCGAAUGAUGAAGGACACCAAAGAAUUGUACACCAACUGGUCCUGCUUCAUGAUUCUUAAGAGGUCUCAGCAUUUUUUGGCUCUCCGCUUUAAACACGUUGAAGUUUCUGUUGAUCAAGAAGAAGACUGGAUUGAAAAAUUCCCACUCUACGGAGAAAUUCUUGCGUUUCACGUAAAAAAGGCUCUGCAGCGGAAGAUGAUACUUAAACACACAGAUCAAGUGCUAUUUGAUAUUUUCAAUAAGAUAUUACCAGAUACUUUUAUUCACGAUUUGUACUACUUUUUGAAAUUACAGAGUGCAAGUUAUUUAGGACAUAAAUUAAUAAUUGGUGAAGUAAGUAAAGCUCCGAUGAUAUUAAAAGUUUAUGACGAUUCAUUAACGAUGGACAUUAACUGUCCAAUUCGAAGUGACCUUGUUUUUUCUUAG